UAAUAACAAAUCACUCGGAUUUGUUUUCAUACUCUUGUUUGCCGGCUAACAGCUCAAUAUAUAUAACAUUCUCAUUUGUGAAUUACACUAAAGACUGUUUUCCUUAUUUUUGUUUUCUCUGUUUCCUGAAAACAGUUCGAAGAUGGGCAGCGAGGGCGUAGGAAAUGAAGGGUUAAGAAAGAGAGGGUGUUCGUGCACAAAGAAUGAUUUUCUACCGGAGGAGUCGUUUCAGAGCUGGGGCAACUACGUUCAGGCUCUGAAGGAGACGCCGCUCCGGCUCAAAGAUCGGAUCCUGACUCGAUCACUGGACACAACCGAGCUUUUCGAAAUCAAGGCGAGGAGUCAACAUGAGAUGAAGAAAACUUUAACGUGGUGGGACCUCAUGUGGUUCGGAAUCGGCGCCGUCAUUGGCGCCGGUAUUUUCGUGCUCACCGGACUUGAAGCCAGAGAUGACGCCGGCCCCGCCGUCGUAUUGUCAUACGUCGUUUCGGGUAUCUCGGCUAUGCUUUCUGUCUUUUGUUACACCGAGUUCGCCGUGGAGAUUCCGGUGGCAGGUGGUUCAUUUGCAUAUUUAAGAAUAGAGUUGGGUGACUUUGUAGCCUUUGUCGCCGCCGGCAACAUUCUCCUUGAGUAUGUGAUAGGUGGCGCCGCUGUUGCCAGGGCAUGGACAUCUUAUUUUGCCACCCUUUGCAACAAGCAGCCAGAUGACUUCCGCAUUAUUGCCCACAGCCUCCCGGAUGACUAUGGUCACCUCGACCCUAUUGCUGUCGCUGUUGCAGCCAGUGUUUGCAUUCUUGCGGUUCUCAGCACCAAGGGCUCUUCACGCUUCAACUACAUCGCCUCUGUCAUCCACGUUAUCGUGAUUCUCUUCAUUAUAAUCGCUGGCUUCAUAAACGCUGACACCAAUAACUACCGUGACUUUGCUCCCUAUGGAGCCCGCGGGGUUUUCAAAGCUUCAGCAGUACUUUUCUUCGCUUAUGUUGGUUUUGAUGCAGUUUCAACCAUGGCUGAGGAGACCAAAAACCCCGCGAAGGACAUCCCCAUCGGGCUCGUUGGCUCGAUGGUGGUCACCAUUACUGCUUACUGUUUGCUCGCAAUAGCAUUAUGCAUGAUGCAACCUUACAAACAGAUUAAUGCUGAUGCUCCAUUUUCCGUUGCAUUUUCCGCCGUUGGGUGGGACUGGGCUAAGUACAUUGUCGCAGCUGGUGCAUUGAAAGGUAUGACCACAGUUUUGCUUGUUAGUGCCGUCGGUCAGGCUCGCUAUCUCACACACAUUGCCCGAACCCACAUGAUGCCACCGUGGCUAGCUCAGGUUCAUGGAAAAACCGGGACCCCGAUUAACGCUACUGUUGUUAUGCUUUCUGCUACUGCAAUCAUUGCCUUCUUCACCAAGCUUGAUAUAUUGUCCAAUCUUUUAUCAAUUUCCACAUUGUUCAUCUUCAUGUUGGUGGCCAUGGCUCUUCUUGUUCGGCGCUACUAUGUCAGUGGAGUAACAACUCCCGCAGAUCGCAACAAGCUCAUAACAUGCCUUCUGCUUAUCCUAGGAUCUUCAAUCGCCACCGCAGCUUAUUGGGGUAUGAGCGAACACGGAUGGGUUGGCUAUGUGAUUACAGUACCAAUUUGGCUCUUGUCCACUAUAGGUCUUUGGUUGUUUGUUCCACACGCUAGGGCGCCAAAACUUUGGGGGGUGCCAUUGGUGCCGUGGCUCCCAUCUGCAUCGAUUGCUAUAAACGUUUUCUUGCUGGGUUCAAUAGAUAAAGCAUCCUUUGAAAGGUUUGGCAUUUGGACUGCACUUCUAUUGGUUUACUAUUUAUUCUUCGGAUUGCAUGCUUCGUAUGACACAGCAAAGGCGUCGGGGGAGAAUAAUAAGAUCGGAGAAGGAUGGAAGAACGUUGAAGAGGGCGCUGUCUCUUCUGCGACAGAUGUUUCUGGGUUAAAUGAAAAUAGAGGCUCAGAAAAUCCUGGUGCUUAGUGGACUCGUUGAUUAAUCUAUACGCGUUUGUGUAUGUAGUUGGUGAAGUUGAUGUGGUUUUCCUCCGUUAGUCAUAUUAGAAAUGUUUGCUUCUAUUUUUCAUUUAUAAUUCUAUAUAUUUUGAACAAGUAUUUGGAUUUUACCAGAAACAAAGUGGGGAUUACUAGUUUUUCAAA